AUGGAAAACAGCAACCAAAAUGAACAAAAUAUUAGUCCCAACAAGCAGUGCCAGAAGCCCCAUCGGUGCUACGUGUGUGAAAAAACUUUCGUCUCCUUGGCCCAGCUUGCAAGGCACAUGAAGACACACACGGGCGAAAAACCCCACUCGUGUACGAUGUGCCCAAAAACAUUUAGCCAAAAAGGUGAUCUCACGAGGCACAUACGAAUACAUACAGGCGAAAAACCCUACAAGUGUUUUGAAUGCAACAAAGCUUACAGUGUAAAAGCUUAUAUCACAAGGCACAUAAGGAGGGCCCACACCGGCGAAAAACCCUUCAAAUGCUCGGUAUGCCAGCGAGGCUUUACUGACAAAAAUUUUCUCAAGUUGCACACGCGCAUACACACGGGUUUGGCUUACGACACGUGCGCCGUGUGCAAAAGAACAUUUACCGAUCCCAGCAAUUUGAGAAGGCACAUGCGGACCCACACGGGCGAGAAACCCUAUCAGUGCGCCUUGUGUCCUGAAGCGUACGCGUACAAGCACCACCUUGUGGAUCACGUGAGGAAUCAUUUGGGUGACAAGCCUUUCAAGUGUUCCAAUUGUCAAAAAAGUUUUUCGAGAAAGGAUUGUUGUAAGGUGCACUUGAAAAAUUGCGUGAAAAAUGGCGUAAUAUUUACCAAAAUGUCCGACGGUCGCGAACUGCUCACUAAAAAAAAUUCUGGACAUAAAAGCAGCACCGGAAAAAGAUCGUGCCUAUGCGAUCUGUGUGGGAAAACUUUUGACAAUGUCAACAAUUUAGUUAGUCACAAAGUUGUUCAUUCGGAUGAGAAACCCUUUGAGUGUUCAUUUUGUUCUAGAAAAUUUAAGCACAAAUUUACACUGACAUGUCACAUACGAAUCCACACUGGAGAGAAACCCUUCAAAUGCUCAGAGUGUCAAAAAGGUUUUACAUUUUCCAGUAAACUCACACAGCACAUGAGGAUUCAUACAGGAGAGCGACCCUACAAGUGCUCGGUAUGUCCAAAGGGUUUUACAUCUUCCAGUCAUCUCACGGAGCACAAGAGGACCCAUACAGGGGAAAAACCCUAUGAGUGUGCAGAUUGUCCAGAAUCUUUCAGUCAAAAAACUACCCUCACGAGACACAUGCGCAUCCACAAAGGCAUACCUUAUGGUAAUUGCACCAUCUGCCAAAGACCAUUUACAGACCCGAGCAGUCUUAGAGUGCACAUGAGGAUUCAUACAGGGAAGCGACCCUACAAGUGCUCGGUAUGUCAAAAAGGUUUUACAUUUUCCAGUAAACUCACACAGCACAUGAAGAUUCAUACAGGAGAGCGACCCUACAAGUGCUCGGUAUGUCCAAAGGGUUUUACAUCUUCCAGUCAUCUCACGGAGCACAAGAGGACCCAUACAGGGGAAAAACCCUAUAAGUGUGCAGAUUGUCCAAAAUCUUUUAGUCUAAAAACCAAUCUCACGAGACACAUGCGCAUCCACACCGGGGAGCGACCCUACAAGUGCUCGGUAUGUCAAAAGGGUUUUACAUCUUCCAGUAACCUCACACAGCACAUGUGGACUCACACAGGGGAGAAACCGUACACGUGCUUGGUAUGUCAAAAAGGUUUUAUGUUUUCCUGUCAUCUCACGGAGCACAAGAGGACCCAUACAGGGGAAAAACCCUAUAAGUGUGCAGAUUGUUCAGAAUCUUUCAGUCAAAAAACUACCCUCACGAGACACAUGCGCCUCCACACCGGCAAACCUUGUAGUACCUGUUCAAUUUGCCAAAGACCAUUUACAGACCCGAGCAGUCUUAAAAAGCACAUGCGGACUCACACAGGGGAGCGACCCUACAAGUGCUCGGUAUGUCAAAAGGGUUUUACAUCUUCCAGUAACCUCACACAGCACAUGUGGACUCACACAGGGGAGAAACCGUACACGUGCUUGGUAUGUCAAAAAGGUUUUAUGUUUUCCUGUCAUCUCACGGAGCACAAGAGGACCCAUACAGGGGAAAAACCCUAUAAUACCUGUUCAAUUUGCCAAAGACCAUUUACAGACCCGAGCAGUCUUAAAAAGCACAUGCGGACUCACACAGGGGAGCGACCCUACAAGUGCUCGGUAUGUCAAAAGGGUUUUACAUCUUCCAGUAACCUCACACAGCACAUGUGGACUCACACAGGGGAGAAACCGUACACGUGCUUGGUAUGUCAAAAAGGUUUUAUGUUUUCCUGUCAUCUCACGGAGCACAAGAGGACCCAUACAGGGGAAAAACCCUAUAAGUGUGCAGAUUGUUCAGAAUCUUUCAGUCAAAAAACUACCCUCACGAGACACAUGCGCCUCCACACCGGCAAACCUUGUAGUACCUGUUCAAUUUGCCAAAGACCAUUUACAGACCCGAGCAGUCUUAAAAAGCACAUGCGGACUCACACAGGGGAGCGACCCUACAAGUGCUCGGUAUGUCAAAAGGGUUUUACAUCUUCCAGUAACCUCACACAGCACAUGUGGACUCACACAGGGGAGAAACCGUACACGUGCUUGGUAUGUCAAAAAGGUUUUAUGUUUUCCUGUCAUCUCACGGAGCACAAGAGGACCCAUACAGGGGAAAAACCCUAUAAGUGUGCAGAUUGUUCAGAAUCUUUCAGUCAAAAAACUACCCUCACGAGACACAUGCGCCUCCACACCGGCAAACCUUGUAGUACCUGUUCAAUUUGCCAAAGACCAUUUACAGACCCGAGCAGUCUUAAAAAGCACAUGCGGACUCACACAGGGGAGCGACCCUACAAGUGCUCGGUAUGUCAAAAGGGUUUUACAUCUUCCAGUAACCUCACACAGCACAUGUGGACUCACACAGGGGAGAAACCGUACACGUGCUUGGUAUGUCAAAAAGGUUUUAUGUUUUCCAGUCAUCUCACGGAGCACAAGAGGACCCAUACAGGAUAA